AUGUCCAAAAAAGAAGCCGGCGCUGGGGUGCCCGCCCACAGUAAGGGCUCGUGGACGAGUUUCCUCAAGUCCAUCGCCUCCUUCAACGGAGACCUCUCGUCGUUGACCGCUCCGCCUUUCAUCCUCUCCUCUACCUCCCUCACCGAGUACUCUGCGUACUGGGCCGAACACCCUAGUGUUUUUGUCGCCCCGGCCAAGGAGUCGGAUCCCGCAAAGCGGGCACUGCUGGUCCUCAAGUGGUUCCUCAGCACCCUGCACCAGCAAUACUGCAGCCGUAGCGAGAAGCUCGGGAGCGAGAAGAAGCCACUGAAUCCGUUCCUCGGUGAGUUGUAUAUCGGCAAGUGGGAUGGCGGUUCGGACGUGGGCGAGACCUCUUUGAUCAGUGAGCAAGUCAGUCAUCAUCCCCCAGCUACGGCAUACGCGAUCCGCAAUGAGAAACAUGGGGUUGAGUUGCAAGGAUACAACGCCCAGAAGGCAUCCUUCUCCACCACGAUCCAAAUCAAGCAGAUCGGGCACGCCUUCCUCACACUCACCCCACCCGGAUCCGACGAGAAGGAGAAGUACGUGAUCACGCUCCCGAGCCUACAUAUCGAAUCGCUGGUCUACGGCACCCCAUUCGUGGAGCUGGAAAAGACAACAAAGAUCGCCAGCAGCACUGGUUACGUCGCGAAGAUCGACUACUCGGGCAAGGGCUGGCUGAGCGGCAAGAAAAACACGUUCAGCGCAAGCCUGUUCAAGGCGAGCGAGGGCGAGAAGAAGCCGCUGUACACCGUCGACGGCCAGUGGUCCGACUCGUUCACCAUCAAGGACGCCCGCACCAAGGAGGUCGUCGACAAGUUCUCCAUCAAGGAGUCCACGACCACCCCGCUUACCUUGGCCCCGCUGGAGGAACAAGAUCUGUACGAGAGCCGCCGUGCGUGGAGCGAUGUGGCAGCCGGGAUCCAAAAAGGCGACAUGGACGCCGUGUCGAUUGCCAAGUCGCGCAUCGAGAAUGGCCAGCGCGAGUUGCGUCGCAUCGAAAAGUCCGAGGGCCGCGAGUGGGAGCGCCGCUUCUUCACCAGCACCGAGGAGAAAGACGAUGAUCCCGAAUUCUUGCGUCUGGCUCGCUCUAUAGAUCUCCCUCUCGAUGGCGAGAAGACCGGUGGUAUCUGGCGCUUCGAUGCCAAAAAGGCAGAGGGUGCCCGCCCGCCCUACCACAAAACCGGUGGCGAGGGUCUGGGCAUCACAGAGUGA